AUGCGGGUACGUGACACACUCACACGCACUUCCCGCUCCCCUCCCCGCGCCCGCCUCCCGCAGCGCCGACGCGGGUACGUGACGCACCCACACGCACUCCCCGCUCCCCUCCCCGCGCCCACCUCCCGCAGCGCCGACGCGGAAGAACAGACCGCGAAGUGCGAGUCCAGCUGCUCCGACCCGUUCCACCGCAGCGAGUCCGCCGACCCCGCGGGCCCCUCGCCCGACGACUUCGACCUCCAGCCGGACGUGGCGGACUCGGGCUCGGAGUGCGGGUGCGUCGGACGGGCCGCCUUGCGCCUCUACGUGGUGCAGCCCAAGGGCCUGCAGGAAGGGCGGCUGGCCUUCGCACUGCCCGCAGGUACUCCACCGCACGCCCAGAGACAGGAGUUGGGGAUGCAGCUGUCGACGUCUCCAAGCAAUGAUAUUGAAGAGCAGGUUGCGUCCGCAGGCGGCGCGCCCGAGGAGCAGGGCGGCGAGGCCGGGCCGGCGGCCGUGCCCUCCAGCAUCCUGCAGCAGCAGAGCCAGCAACUCAAGAACCUGCUCAUGAGGUCACAGGUACACAACGAACAGACAGAUACGCAGCCCGGGAGCCUCAUCGGUCAGAGGGCGGAGUCUCCGCCAAUCCCUCCGCAGCUCAACCUCAUGACGCCCGACGCGUUCAGCUCGCCGGGCAAGAGGGAGGAAGAGGAUCCGCCGCUGUCGGCCACGCCUGACGUCAGCGCCAAGCCGCGCGGCUCCGUCGGAGGGGACGCCGACCGCGCCAAGGGAGCCGAGGGCGCGGGCAAGCCCACCUCGGGGGGGUCCAGUCCCAGCCGGGAGGUGCAGGAGAUCAUGGCGCACAAUGACGACGCCUUCUUCGCCGACAACCUGGAGGAGGAGUCGCCGGCGCCGCCCGCCGCCGCCCGCCAGCCGGAGCCCUUCCCGGACAAGCCGCCGCCGCCGCCGCUCGCGCUCCCGCACUCCAACGGCGACACCUCGUGGCCGCAGAUAUCCAUAGCGCAGAUAACGGAAGCGAACCAACGCAAGGCGUCCAGCGACAAGUCGGGCGCGCAGAGCCAGCCGCUCGGCGCCGCGUGCGACGCGCGACUCGACCUGCUCGAGCACAAACUGGACAAAAUCACAGAGUUGCUGCAGCAGCAGGGUCGCGAGCUGCGGGCCCUGCGCGGCGCCACGUGGUGUCCGCGGACCGCACUGGACGAAGCGCUGCAGGCACACGCACAGGCCUUAGAUAAUGCUGUCACACUAGGGUGGGAGCGCAUGUCGGCGGCGGGCGAGGCUGCGGGCGCGGCGGCGGGCGCGGGCGCGGCGCAGGCGGCGGGCGCGGGGGCGGCGCGCGCGCUGGAGCCGCUGGUGGCCGCGCUGCAGCACGAGCUCGCCGCCAAGCUCACCGCCACCGACCAGCUGCUCAGGGACAACAUCGACAAACUAGUCAACAGCAAGGCGGUGUCGGAGCGGCUGAGCUCGUCCAUAGCGCGCUGCGUGUCGGAGCAGGUCCGCGAGUCCUUCCGCGCGUCGGUGACGGACAGCCUGCUGCCCGCCAUGGAGCGCGCGCACGCACAGAUCUUCCGACAAGUCAACAACGCCUUCCAGAACGGGACUAAAGAGUUCGCAGCUCACACGGAGGCCGCAGCCCGCGCGGCGGCGGAGCGCGGCGGGGCGGCGGCCUGCACCGCGCUGCGGGCCGCGCUGGACCGGCACGCCGACACGCUGGCGCAGCACCCGCGCCUGCUGCUGCAGCACGCCACGCAGGCCGUCCGAGAUGCGGCGCACAGCGUGCUGGAGAAGGAGCUGCUGUGGUGGCGCGAGCAGGCCCGCUCGGCGUCGCUGACGUCACGCGCGCACUCGCCGCACACGCCGCACGCGCACAACCCGCUCGACCGACAGAUGCAAAUAUCUCAAGUGCAAAACAUGAUCUCAUCGGGUGACGUGAACGGCGCCUUCCAGCUGGCCUUGUCCGCCUCGGACCUGUCCCUCGUGGUCACAGCCUGCAGGUCGGCCGAGCCUUCACUGGUGUUCGGGCCCCCCUGUCAGCUCAAGCAGCACGUACUGCUAUCAUUAGUUCAGCAACUGGCCGCCGAUAUGUCCAAGGACACGCAGCUCAAGCACAGGUAUCUAGAGGAAGCAGUAAUGAACCUGGAUACGUCUAGUCCUGUGACCCGUGAGCACCUGCCAGGAGUCGUAGCUGAACUGCAGCAGCAAGUGUCGGCCUUCGUGACCGCCUCGCCCUCGCACCCGCUGGCUCGCAGACUGCGCAUGUUGCUGCUGGCCUCUGAUGCUCUGCUCAAGGCCACGGUGUGAACCGCAUGCUGUUCUUCCAUCAGCAACAACUCGACUCAGUGAUACAGUUGUAGUGAUGUGUGAACACGUGAUGUGGGGUUACCCAAGUGCGGGGAGUGCUGAACAUUUGUGAUAGUUAAGUGUUUAAAGCUUGUGGAAAGUUUGCUGAAAUUAGCGUAAGUUGUAAUGUGCUAGUUGGAUUUACAAUUUUUAUAUAAAAGAUUUUCCCGAGGACCCGCUAAAACUCCUUCUUGAGGUCUCCUCUUAUUGCGCUGUAAAGGUCUAUUCAUAAUUUUUAGGACUUAUUUUAUGGUGAACUCCAAAUCAUUCAGAAACAAUAUUCGAGAAAACUGUUUUAUUUUCAUGUAAAUGUCUAAAUCAAUCUUAAACUUUUGUAUCCAAUGUUUAUCUUACAUAGUAAAUUAAAUUGCUCACACACACAUCUCACAACUCCCUUCAAACAUUUUAAUUGCGAAAUUUAUAAUUGCAGUCCAAACUAAAAGUGAAAGUAAUUAAAUAAAGGUUCUACUAGUUGAUACGCUAUGUUUGCCGACAUACAAUAUGGAAUCCUCAUGAGCCUAAUUCUGGUAUAAAUUAGAAUACGUUCUGAAGAAUUUUCAGCAAUCGAGACAGUUGCUUAUCAAGCGGUGAAUGGCGGAAUAAGUGUUUUUCUAACUAUAACAUUUAGUUACAGCUUAAUGUCGAGGUUGUGAGAUUCAACUCUCAUCUGUUUUAAAACAAACUCUAAAUAUAUAUAUUAUGAGUACAAGUACAUUAUUGACCAAAAUCUGAAUCACACUAUUGGAAUUUCCAAGAUAAGCUUCUGAAAAUAUAAAUUCCGAACAAUAGCAUUCUGACCAUCAGUCUACCUACUGAGUAAAUGAUACGCUCUCGGAUUUCCCCCUUGUAUACUGACUAACACAGUAUUUCAAUUUACUAAUUCUACUUUAUUAGUACAUUUUGAUGGAGACUAAUAAAAUCAUACCGGGCAACUACCCAUAAAGUAAUCUUCCAUUUUGAAAUAUACAUCUCUUUCAUUUUUAUCAUGUGUUCAUUACCUUUAUAUAUUAAUGACAUUCCUCAUAUUAUUGUUUUGCUUUUCGAAGAUUCUAUAAAUAAUUUCGUAUAUUUUAUAAAAAAUAUAAAAUGUGCAUUAUAUUAUAUUCUUUGUCACGUUCAAUUGGUAAUCAGGUUUAAAAAAAUUAGCUUAUCACCGCUUCUGAUAUUGAUUGGUGCAACUUUCAUUUUAACUAACACAAGGAGUUUACAUUGAUCCUCUUGAUAAUCGUACCAUAAUUAUUGAAUUCUGUCAAAAUCUCAUAAAAUAUUUAUGGUACACGAAAAGGUUACCCUUAUAUUCAUCAUCAAUCUUUUUUAAUCUCUGUCAUCGGUCUUAGUUCCCGUUCUCAUGGUAAUUAUGAAGAAAAAAAAUUAUAAAUGAAUAGUUAUUAUAAAUACUCCUAUAGUGUUGGAACUGAGUUAAUGUUACUGUAAUGUUUAUACGAGUAUACACAUAUUAUGUCAUAAUUAUAAUUUUUGUUGAUUAAUUAAUGUUGUUGUGUUUUAAAUUAAGUUUCUUUUAAUUUAAAAGUAAAUUGAGGCCCAAAACCUUUAAAGUAUAACGUACAUGUUCGUAAAAGUUGAAAUGCAAACUGUAAGAAGAACAAUUCUCUAUUUGUAACUGAUUGAACGUACGAAAUACGAAAGUUAAGACAUAAAGAAAGAUUUUAUUUUAUUUUAUAACCAAAUCAUCAGUUCCUGGAAGUUUCGUUAGCAACUUAUCUUGUGUUGCCAGAAUAACUUUAAACUUGUAACCUAAAAACAAAAAUAUGUUCUGUUUUUCAUAUAUAUAUUACAUUAAUAAUAGUGAUUGUUAAAAGAAAAAUGAAUGAUAGAUAUGUUUUGUAAUGUAAGUUAAGAAGACACAUUGAUGCUGUACGGUGACUACAUAUUAUAUUAUCUUUAAAAUAAUAUAAAACUAAAAUUAAUAGAAUGACUAAAUAUUAAAGGUCAAAUAAAUUCAAUUAGGAAAAAGCAGUUGAUUCUACUCUUUAAAGAUUAAAAAGUGAUGGUGGCAUUUGAUGUAAUAUGAUAAAAAUAGCAAACUGAGAAAUGUAAAAUGGAAUUAAAUGUACAAUUUCGCGAAUUCCUACUAUUCGAUAUUUAAUGUUUAGUAACAUAUUUAAUCUAUAUUAUCAGAAUAUAUAAAAAAUAAAUAGCAAACUACGCAUAUUUUUGUAAUAAGAAAAUUGUAUAGCCCUUGUUGCCUCUGGUAGUGUAAAAUAAUUAUUUACUGAAGUCUUAAAUUUAAGUCGUUUCAUAUAGAAAGCAGCAUUACAUCUCAGAAUACAUCACAUGCCUCCCACAUUUAAAAAAAACCAUUGUCUUUUAUUUAUGAUUGUAAGUGAUUUGUUAAUGAUUGUAGUGAAGCCCACAUGCCACUCACAUAUCAUAUUUUUGUAUCUCAUUUAUAACUAGUGUUAGGAUAUUUUCAUAGACAUUAGAAAUCAUAUGUGGUUCAUAUUAAAAAAAACUGCUUUGCUCUCGUAUUUAUUUAUAUAUGAAAAAAAUAACAAAAUAACUAAGAUACCAUGAAAACUAUUUUUGAAAUGACCGUCUAUGUCGUAACCUUAACUAAUAACGUUAUGAAAUGAUAUUCGGUACAGAGUUUUCACAUGUUUUUAAAUUACAAAUAAUUAGAAAAUUAUAAAUUUGGAAUAUUUCAUUCUAGUUUUUAGUUUCAUUUGUAAAGCCUGUGAAAAUUUAAAAGAUUUUUUAAUAUUAUGUUUUCUAAACUUAAAUAGAAAUGAAAUUCUUUGAGUACCAAUGAAAGGAUUAAUUCACAUCUCGCUGGGUUUUCAAGAUAUGAACAAGCAAGAAUAGAUUGGUUGCAAUUGGCUAAAGUUAUUACUUGAAAUUUGCCGUUCGUGAACAUUAGCCGAGUAUCAAAUCUUAACUGCUCGACUUAGACAAUAAGGUUGCUUUUUCUUUAGUGUUUUGCCUACAGUAUUUAUAUAAAACCGCCUAAAGGUUAUGUUUUUCUAGUUCAUCACUUGUAGAACAAUACUUAUUGAACUUGUUUUAGUUUAGUUUGUAGAAAAACAACUAAAACAAGCUUAGUUUGAUAUCUCCUGGUCGUAAUUGUGAUUUCAGCAAUAAAAUUAUUUUUUCAAUUAAUAAAUAUGAAUACUUAAACGAA